AUGCAGAGCUCCCGCUAUGCUCGGCUGAAUCCUUUCGGGAGCUCACAGCCGAGCGCGAGCCCCAUUGCUGAAGAACCUAUGCACUUUUCGAAUCCUAUUCCGAACUCGUCAUACAACCCAGUGCCAACUUCUCAUGUUAGCGACGAGAGUCUGGACAGUACAUCCGAGAAACAGCGGGUAACGGUCCAGAACCGUCUGAUCUCAGGCACAUCCGGUGGCCUCCCCUAUACGCGGUUUGACGCAAACGCCGACUUAAGGUCUCCCACAAACCGCCGUCGAACAAGUAGCUCGCUGUACAAGGUAGCAGCCUCGAUCCGAGACUUCGCCGUCUCACAGUUUACGGUGCCUUCUGUCGCGGCACCUUGGGAGCACGAACUAUCUGAGAAAAAUGGCGCAAGCCUGCCACCCUCCGACAGUGUCCGGUACUUCGACCAUCGGCGCCAGAGACGGAGACUGUUCAUCAACAGCACAUUUCAGUGGUUUGUCACGGCAUUCAUAUGUGCUGCCUUGGCCGGUUGCUUGUACGGCUUUUCAACCGUGGUUUCUGGCUUGAGCACGACACGCAAAUAUGUCUUCAACGCAUUGGUUACCGGCUUGUCCUUGUGUUUGGGUUUGAACCUUGCCUCCUCCUUCAGGGGCUAUGCGCAAAUGAUGCGGUGGAGAUUCCUUGCUUCGGGAUACCGCACCAUUCAGGACUUCGAGCUCAUCAUGAACUGCGACAGUCAGUCAAAAGUCUUCCGCUUGCUCUGGGGCGGGCGGACUCGUGGGAGGUGGUUGCCCAACACAACUCAGAUCCUUGCCCUUGUCUGGCUCCUGAUCAAUAUUGCACUCCAGGUCGUCACCGCUCUGCUAGGUCUCACGUAUUCCACCGAUGUCAGUUCGGACUACGUCUUUCUGACCUAUGGGAACGUGAGCGUCGCCGAUGUCUCUUAUGUUGGCAAUGCCGAGACGGCUGCCUUGUACGCUGGCGACUAUAGCAGUCUUGACGCGUACCUUGCCGAGCUCUCAGCGGCGAAUGACUUUGGUGUCACAGGACAAGAUUUCUCCGUCUGGACCGCCUCCUUUGACGAAUACUUCAGCUACGACCAGUCCGUCUACACUGAUGGGGACGUUUGCUGGUACCGGUUUGUCGAUCGCUCUCCCCUUGCUUGGUCCCUGUCUGCUAUCACGUAUCGGACUGUAAACAUCACAGCUGCAUGCCAAACCCAUCCCGUCACCUUCGGAGGCUACGCUGGGUUCAACACCAACGACACCUCCCUGAAACCCGUGGUUACGUGGAUGGAUGCCAACGGCGAAGAGAACACCUGGACGAUCCCGGCCCAAUCAACUGGUGGAACAACCUGGAUGAGUAAUUUCACGAGCGAUUGCGGGCCACGGUGUACUCAAACAUACGCCCUCCAGGUCGCUGACAAUAUCACCACUGACGUGCCCACGCCGCGCUUCUGGAGCUGCUUUUCGAAUGUCUCUACUGUAGACGGAAUCGACCAGCAUCCCGACCUAUAUCCUGAUCCAGCUUGGUAUCGAAUCCCGGAUGAGCAGGCCAGGAUACUGGCCGGAGCGAUAGGGUGGUCAGGUGUGCGCACGGUGGAAAAUGCCAGCGAUUUGACGUUCGCGACACCGGAGUCACAGCUUCAGAUGGUUUCCUACCAGGCUGACAGUCCAUGGAGCCCACCGAGUAGUUACACGGCAGAUGACAUGGCGUGGCUAGUUAUGAGAUUCACAGCUGGAGCGAUUAGCGCCAUGGAUGCGGUUGGUCCACGCUCCAAUGUGACGGCGUGGGGACCAGCUGCAGCGCAAAUAAUCCAUGUGCAGUGGAGAUUUGCGGCCUCCAUCCUCGGGGGUAUCCCAUUGGCGCAGGGGUUGGUGUUGCUGAUCGUGAUCAUGUUCGCGAACAAAGCCAUCAUCAAGGACACAAGUCACUUGAGUACGGCGAGAUUGCUGAGGCCAGUCGUGAAGAAACUAGGCGACCGCGGCUGCCUGCUGACUGGCGACGAGAUCGCCGAGCAACUCGGCAACUACAAGAUCAUCUACGGAGUGAGAGAACCCAAUGCUGGAUUCGGUGGUGGUAUCGGCGUCGGCGUCGGCAUCGUGGGCACCGAAGACGACAAGAUCAAGCACUUGGACAUACUGGAGGAAAGUGAAGGGUUAGGGUAUAGACAUGGACGCAUGCCCGAGGGGAGAUACGACGGUAUGUAUCCAGCCCAGGACGAGCAAACAGCAGCACUCCUGGCAAACACCACGGAGUCGGAGCCCGACUCGGACGAUGGUCCUCGAGCACCACCACCAUGGAGUGACUUGCGCGAAAGCAAGAGACGGACUCGAAGAAUGAGCAUCUAA